AUGCCAUUACAUUAUGAUACGGAGUUCGCCCAAGAAGCGCGGCCCAUGUUGCAGCAGUUGGCUCAAUUCUCAAGACCUGCUCUUCAUGACAUUGCGACCAGACGCGCAAUGACCGCAGCUAUGACAAUCCCUCUACCACCAAUCCCAGAUAGCUUGGAGAGGCUCGUUCACCAUGUGCAGCGCGCCGAUGGAUACGAAGUGACAGUCCUUCACUUCCGCCAGCGACGUCAAGCCGGAGCAGAGGGUGACCCCGCCAUCCUCCACAUUCACGGUGGUGGUUAUUUCUCACUGAGUGCGGAGCAAUGCUCCGUGCCGCACAUAAAAACAGUAUCAAGUACUGGAGUGCAGAUUCUGACAGUCGACUAUCGGCUGGCUCCUGAACAUCCAUAUCCGACACCACUCAAUGAUUGCUGGACAGUCCUCAAAUGGUUGCACGCAAAUACAAGCCAACUGGGAAUCAACCCUUCCCGUAUCGCCGUCAUGGGAGAGAGUGCUGGAGGUGGCCUGGCAGCUGCAUUGACGCUUAUGGCACGAGAUAAAGCCCUAUCACCGCCCAUUGCGAAGCAGAUCCUUGUUUACCCUAUGUUGGACGAUCGAACCAAUACCAAUCAUGCCGGCCAGCUGACAUUUUGGGACGAGGUGGAUAAUAAGACCGGGUGGACUGCAUAUGUUGGACCUGAUGCAGGAUCUGAAAAUGUUGACGCGUAUGCCGCACCAGCUCGGGUGGAGAGUGUGGAGGAUCUUCCUCCUCUGUAUCUAGACUGUGGUCAAUUAGACAUCUUUGUACAUGAAGGGCUAGAAUAUGUGCGCCGGUUUGUGGCAGCGAAUAUUCCCACAGAGUGCCAUUUGUAUCCUGGCGUUCCUCAUGGAUUUGAGGCAUUUGCUCCGUCCAUAAGCCUUACAAAGCAGGCCGUUGGGAACCGCGAGAAAGCCAUGGCCAGUUUUUGA